GGGACGGAAGGAAAGCGGGCGGUAGAGGGACCCGGGCUCGAAACUUGAUUCUCGGGGGAGGGGAAGUUCCCGCCCAGGAACCCGAGCGGCGACGUCGGGAGUGGCCUCAGGAAACUGAAGCUGAGAGAAGUUAAUUGACUUGCCAGUGGUUAUUAAGUUGAUUAUGGAAGAUUCCCACAAAAGUAACAGUUCAGAGACAGCACCACAACCAGGUACAACAGUGCAGGGUGCUCAUAUCUCUCACAUUGCUCAACAGAUGUCACUAAGAGGAGCUGCACCAAUGACAGUUGUACAUCUUUCUGGAGAACAAGUACAGAGUCAGGGGGUCAUCCAGACUGCUCAUUCGUCUUCAGUAAUCCACCCCCCGCAAGUACAGACAGUUCAGGUAUCAUCCUGGUCAGAUAGUGAGGAUUCUCAGGAUUCAUCUGAUAGCAUAGGCUCUUCACAGAAAGCUCGGGGGAUUCUGGCACGGCGUCCAUCUUAUAAAAAAAUCUUGAACGAUCUUUCUUCAGAAGACACCAGAGAUAGGAAAGGGGACGCAGAAAGCCCUGGAGUUUCAACAGUCACAUCUAUGUCUGUCCCAACUCCUAUCUACCAGACCAGUACUGGACAAUACAUUGCUAUUGCCCCAAAUGGAACAUUACAGCUGGCCAGUCCAAGCACAGAGGCAGUACAGGGGUUACAAGCAUUAACGAUGACAAAUGCAAGCAAUACUCAACAAGGAACAACAAUUCUUCAAUAUGCACAAACAUCUGAUGGACAGCAGAUACUUGUCCCUAGCAACCAAGUGGUUGUACAGACUGCAUCAGGAGAUAUGCAGACUUAUCAGAUUCGUGCCACACCAGCAAAUACUAAUCUUCCACAGACAGUAGUGAUGACAUCUCCAGUCACUUUAACAUCUCAGACAACCAAAACAGAUGAUCCACAGAUGAAAAGAGAAAUAAGAUUGAUGAAAAAUAGAGAAGCUGCUCGAGAAUGCCGUAGAAAGAAAAAAGAAUAUGUUAAGUGUCUGGAAAAUCGUGUUGCAGUCUUGGAAAAUCAAAAUAAAACUUUAAUAGAAGAAUUAAAAACUUUAAAAGAUCUCUACUCCCAUAAAAAUGUUUAAGAAAAGUUAAACAAAUUUUAUGGACUUACCUAAAAAUUUAAUUGAUUUUUUUAAAUGGAAUUUUAAAAACUAAAAGGUCAAAAAUGAAACUUUUAAAACUGGGAGUUGCAGCAUGAAAAUUCUAUUUACAAGGUGCUGGUGACAGUACCUAAUGAAAAUAAGAGGACUUCAAGCAAGCUUCUUGCACAACUGGAACCUCUAUUGCAAUUAACAUUAACAGUUGUACCAGAAUGUGGAUUUCAACAAUUUCCCAGGUAGUACUUAUCAACAGAGAUAACAGAGAUUUUUGCAAUUGAGACUAUUCAUUAAUGGAAAUUUUAUGUGGGAUUUUUAACCAACAUUCUAUUUGGUAUAGAUUUUCAUUACUUACUAGGUUCUGAAAUGUGCCCUUUUCUGUUUGUAUAAAUAUUUUUUCAAAAGUCACUAUUCUAAAUUGCAAAUUUACAAGAAAAUCUAAUGCUUUGUAAAAUGUAUAAAUUAUGUGUACUUUCUCAAUUGUCAAAUCUUUAAAAUAAUCUUUUGAAAAAUGUUUGUUUUGUAAGAGGUUUAGGGGAGAAAAAAUGGAACAAUCGUUUUUCAGGUUUUGUCUUUCUAGAUGUCCAAGCCAUGUGAACUGAAAAUGAAACUUUCAAAGAAGUAUUCCAAUCAUUUUAUAGAAACAUGUCAGUAAACUGGACAAAAUAGUAAUGAUUUUGCUUUUUGGGGGUGUGGUAACUUUCUCUAAAUGUAUCAUAAUAAAUCAUGUGCUGAUUCUGUAUGCAGCUGAUAUACAUUACUUAUUCUACUGUGCUUUAAUAGAAAGAAAUGUUUACAAGCCCCUAAAAUUAUUUUAGAGGAUUUUUAAAAAUCACCUCAAGAUACAUACCAAAGUAUUUUUCCAAGAGGGUUUUUUUUCCUAAUCAAAAUCUAAUGUAGGGCAUAUCAGUUUAAAAAUAAUGCAAUUUUAAAACAACUAUUCAUGUAGAAAAUAUUUUGUGAAGUAAUAAAUGGUACCUUUGUAAGAAAAAAGUGACUAUUUUUAUAGUUAAUCUUCAUAAAUUCUAAAAAUUGUUUUUAUGCGUAUUUUAUCUGUUUGUAUGGAUUUUAGUAAAAAAAAUAGAUAUUUUUUGUCUCAGAUUAUCAUUUUUAUAUUCUCGUGGGGAAUGAGGUUUUCUGAAUUGCAAGUAUUUCAAUUAUGUGCAUUUCUGUACAAUUAACUGGAAAUCUCAAAUAUGCUGUUAUUAGUACAUCAGUACUUAUGUAAUCAAACUGCUCAUUUUUGAGUUUACCUACAAAAAUAUCAGCUCCUAAUAUAAUAUGUACCAUUUUGUCUUAUUCCUAUAAAAAUUAAAGGGCAUUUGAGA